AUUUGCAUUUUACGCGGGGCAUUCACAGAUCAACAACCGGCGGGCUUUCCAGCGGGACGUCCACUUCUCCAAGAACGGCAUCGAAACUCGAGCUCAGAAUCCAACUUUACCACGAACGAAAUGAAACUUAUUUGUCUGAUAUAGAAAAAGGGAACUUUCAAUCACCGAGGAGGAGAUUUUAGAGUCAUGGCAGCGUCUAUUAACGACAUUUUUGAGGAUGAACCACGGGGCGUUUUGAGAGAGAUCAGCAUUCCCGAUUCGGCCAUAGAUUCCAGAGGAAACGUUGAGGUCAACGACGCAUGGACUCUUGGGAUACUGCGCCGUCGGACGCUGCGACCUCGCCCCAGGGUGACCUAUGCUGAUCUCUCCCCUAUCAGUAGGCAGGUUCCGUCCCCACAGCUGCCUACUGGGAGUUUUACCUUUGAACCCAGUGAUCCCGAGGAGACAACGAAAAACGACGAACAAGAUCAUGAGCCAUCAUCCGGAGCUUUCGACUUCAACUUUGAGACCCCACCCAAGACGCCCAAGUCGACCCACAAGUCGCCCACCAAACGCACCCUGGAGACCCCUACGUCGCCCGGCGCCCAGCUACCCUUCACAAUACAUCUGGACAGCCCUGGUGACUCCCCGGUGAUCAUCUCGUUGCAGCCCGCUGAACCUGCUCCAGCCAAGCGGCCCAGGAUGCUGUCGCUAGGUGACUGGGCAUCACUAGGGCAACAGCUGGCCAGCCUGACCAGCGAGCAGUUAGUCGAGGUGGUUGAGAGACUGGUGGAGAAAUAUCCCGAUAUGCACAAAGAAGUACUAGCCCUGCUACCACAGCCCGAUUUAUCCAAGUGCCAGGAGAGAUUAUCGGAACUUCUUCACAAUAUUUUCCGCGCCCUUCCCCGCACCAGACUAGCGUCGACCCGGGGGGCGCUGAGCUAUCGACAGGUCAAAGUUCACCUCUUAGAAUUCAAGAAAUUCUGCGUCCAGCAAGGCAGACAUCUUGCCAACUGCCAGGCAUGGGAAGCUCUCGUCAACUACGUUCUGUUGGCAUGGCAACUGGUAAACUACCUACCAUUAUGGGAGAACCCAGCACACAACACCAUUCGGGGCCAGUGCCUGAGAAGUCUGGUCGUCUUCUGCUCCAAAGCCUUGAAAUCAGGUGACUUAGACCAGGACAGACUAGCCCAACUCAGACCCAGAUUCGUCAAAGCCAGCCGCGUGAACUCCAUGCUGCAGCCCUGCAUGGACACAUUGCAUGCGUUGUAUGAGGAUUGCACCGUAUGACAGGGUAACACAUCCAUCAAUGAAUGCAAUAAACACACGUGGCUGAAACUCACCAUUUUUUUUUCGGAGGAUUUUUUUCCACUACCUAUUCUGUGCCAGAUGUUUCUGCAUGUAAUGUGGCUGUGGGGAUAACAGUGUAAUGGAGGGGCCAAUUUCACGGCGCUGUUAAGCACAAAAAUUUGC